AUGACCCAAACAUCAGAGAUGUACAUAAUCACCAGGAAACAACAUCAUCAGUGCCAUUACGACCCACACAUCAGAGAAGUACAAAGCCACCAGGAGACAAGAUUAUCAGUGCCACUACAACCAACUUUUCUGAGACUUACAAAGCCACCAGGAGUCAAGAUCAUCAGUGCCAUCACAACCAACACAUCUGAGAAUACAAAGCCACCAGGAGACAAGAACAUCAGUGCCAUCACAGCCCACACAUCUGAGAAGUACGAAGCCACCAGGAGACAAGAACAUCACUGCCAUCACAACCUACACAUCAGAGAAGUACAAAGCCACAAGGAGACAAGAACAUCAGUGCCAUCACAACCAACACAUCUGAGAAGUACGAAGCCACCAGGAGACAAGAACAUCAGUGCCAUCACAACCAACACAUCUGAGAAUACAAAGCCACCAGGAGACAAGAAAAUCAGUGCCAUUACGACCAACACAUCUGAGAAGUACAAAGCCACCAGAGACACGUCCAUCAUGCCAUCACAACCAACACAUCUGAGGAGUAAAAGCCACCAGGAGACACAAUCAUCAGUGCCAUCACGAAAAACUUAUCAGAGAAGUACAAAGUCACCAGGAGACAAACUCAUCAGUGCCAUACGAAAAACACAUCAGAGAAGUACAAAGCUACCAGGAGACAGAUCAUCAGCUCGGGAUUAUGAUCAAUACUACCAAAAGGUCGUGGACAGUUGCCGCAAGAAGACGAUCACCACAGAGACAGAGCUACAUCACCUGGUGUCGUCCCUGUGUGACAAAAUAAAGCAUGAAGAGAAACAACCACGUCAAAUCACUGUGUAUGUGGAGGUGCAAGAUAUGGACAGGGAGCUUUGCGCAGCCAUGCUUCAAGCUAAAUCCAUUGUUGAUGGAGAGAUGUCUUCUAUAUCAGGAACUGAUAACAAAAAACCAGACCAGAGACUCAAACCCAAACAUGAGCCUGUCGAAGUCACUGUAGUAAUUGAUGGCACUAAAACAACUAAGACUGACACAGAUGUUGGUGCUGGCAUAUCUAAAUCUUCAAGUAUUUCAGCCAAUCUCAAAUCAACUACAGGUGCUACAGUUAAGGCUACAACAGGUGACAAACCUACGUCUACCUCGAACAGUUCCAAGUCUACCAAAGGCAAGACAGAAAAACCAAAGAGUGAGAAUGAAUCAAAAGGUGUUUGUAGUUCUGCAAGUCCAAAGUCUUCUAAAGGUGCCUCAGAUAAUAUCAAGCCCGGUGACAAACCUAAAUCUACUUCAAGCAGCACAAAGUCAACCAGUAGUCCAACUGAAAGGACAAAGUCUGGAAACAAAUCUAAGUCUACUUCUGCAAGUCCAAAGCCAACAAGUGGUACACCUGCGAAGACCAAGCCAGAUGGUAAAAGUGUGUCAUCUGAUAUGAAGUCAACCAAUAAAUCUCCAGAUGAUGCAAGAAGAAGCGGUAGAAGAAGUCCUAGACCUAGAGAUGAUAGGAAAAGUGAUAAGCAAAAGUCUCAAACACGAGAAAGAAGCAGGAGGAGAGAAGAUACCAAAACUGACAACAAGGUUUCAUCUUAAAGACGAAGC